GUCUUGUACAGGUGUACAGGCUCCUCCCCUUCAGUCUUGCACAGGUGUACCGGCUCCUCCCCUUCAGUCUUGCACAGGUGUACCGGCUCCUCCCCUUCAGUCUUGCACAGGUGUAGCAGCUCCUCCCCUUCAGUCUUGCACAGGUGUACCGGCUCCUCCCCUUCAGUCUUGCACAGGUGUACCGGCUCCUCCCCUUCAGUCUUGCACAGGUGUUCCGGCUCCUCCCCUUCAGUCUUGCACAGGUGUACCGGCUCCUCCCCUUCAGUCUUGCACAGGUGUAGCAGCUCCUCCCCUUCAGUCUUGCACAGGUGUACCUGCUCCUCCCCUUCAGUCUUGCACAGGUGUACCGGCUCCUCCCCUUCAGUCUUGCACAGGUGUUCCGGCUCCUCCCCUUCAGUCUUGCACAGGUGUACCGGCUCCUCCCCUUCAGUCUUGCACAGGUGUAGCGGCUCCUCCCCUUCAGUCUUGCACAGGUGUAGCAGCUCCUCCCCUUCAGUCUUGCACAGGUGUACCGGCUCCUCCCCUUCAGUCUUGCACAGGUGUACCGGCUCCUCCCCUUCAGUC